AUGGGUGAGCUAGAAACGGGUAGAGGCCUGAAUCAAGAACUUGGCCUUAUUAAAGCCGGUGAUACUCGUUGGGGAUCUCACUACAAGUCGUUUGGAAACUUUAUUAGUCACUUUGCCUCUAUCGUUGAUGUACUUGAUGCUCUUGUUAUAUAUGCAAGUACUCCGGAUGAAAGAGUUAGUGCAUCAGGAUUUCUUAGAAGUUGUCAAACAUUUGAGACUGUUUUCUUGUUGCAUUUGAUGACUGAGGAACAAGAUAUUGCAAAUGCCAUGAUUCUUGUUAAGGUUUGCAAGAGAAGGUUGCAAGCUUUAAGAGAUAAUGAAUGGGAUCCUCUCUUAGAAAAGCAUUCUGGAUGGGAUUCACUUAAAGAAAAGGUAGAAACUUUUUGUAUCAAGCAUAAAAUUUCAUUGCCUAAUUAUGAUGAUCCAUAUGCUAACUCUGGAAGAUCACGAUGUAAAGUAGUUGAUUAUACUACUUUGCAUCAUUACCGUGUGGAUUUGUUUUAUAAAAUUAUUGAUUGGCAGCUACAAGAACUUAAUGAGCGUUUCAAUGAGGUGACUAGUGAUUUGCUUAAUGGAGUAGCUUGUUUGAAUCCAAUUGAUUCAUUUUCUAGUUCUGACAUAAAAAAGAUAGUGAGAAUGACUGAAUUAUAUCUUGAUGACUUUGAUGGAUUUAGCAUGAGUGCCCUUGAGAAUCAACUUGCUAAUUAUAUUAUUGAUGUUCGUGAUAUUGACAAAAGGUUCUCCAAUUUAGGUGGGCUUGGGGAACUUUCAAGAAAGUUAGUUGAGACAAAGAAGCAUUUAAACUAUUCUCUUGUAUUCCUUUUGGUGAAGUUUGCUUUGCUUCUACCAGUUGCCACUGCAACAGUUGAAAGAGCUUUUUCGGCGAUGAAGUUUAUCAAGAAUGACUUGCGGAAUCGAAUGGACGAUGAAUUCUUAGAUGGUUGCAUACUACCUUAUGUGGAAAAAAAAGUAUUUAAAGAUGUUUCUAAUGAGUGUAUUAUAAAAACAUUUCAAGGGAUGAAGACUCGUCGAGUGCAAUUCUAA